UGACUCUGCUGCUCAUUCACUUUGACCCACCAUACAUUUCUCACAGCAUGGUAAAAAUCUCGGCGUCCUUUUUCAGGGCAGGAGAUUCAUACCCACUAGUCGGAAAUCUCCCUUUCAGUCGAUGAAUGAUCUGGGUCUUCGUUGGUUUUGAGGAAAUAGGUCAAAAAUUCACUGACAAGUCCUGUUUUUGAGGUUAAACCAAGGCUUUCUGGAGUGGAGGGAGAUCUUAAGACAGACUUAGUUGCUCAAGAUCUCUUAUUGAAGCUGAAAAACUGUUGAGAACAACAAAUCUUCCUGCCAUGGGGGAUUCUUGUAGCUCAACAUGGCGAUGUGUGAUGCUGAUCUCCGUAUGCUCCAUUUUGUUUUCAGCGUCCGAUGGGGUUUCUCAGAGAGAUGAGAAGACAAUGGAGGCUGUCAGGCGAGAUCUUCAGGGGUAUAGGUGGAAUACCAGCGGUUCCGAUUUCUGUGAAUGGUAUGGAGUUAUCUGCAACUCUAACAAAUCGGUAGAGAGACUUGAACUUUCUCGUUUGGGUUUGAGUGGCAACAUUUCUGUUUUGAUUGCUUUGCAAGAUCUUAAGUGGCUCGACCUUUCUUUGAAUGACUUCUCGGGCCAAAUCCCUUCAGUGUUAGGCCGAAUGCAGUCGUUGGAGUUUCUUGAUUUGAGUGCAAACCGUUUCAGUGGAAGAAUACCUUCUGAGAUUGGAAACACGAAGAAUCUUCUCUGUUUAAACUUGUCCAGCAAUUUGCUGAGUGAGGGGAUCCCUCCAGAGCUUUCAUUGAUCAAAGGACUUAAGAGACUAAAUCUGAAUAUGAAUGGAUUAAGUGGUGGGAUUCCAGAGGAGCUCAGAGGUCUACAUGCUUUAGAGGAGCUACAGCUUUCUGGAAACCACAUUGUUGGCUCUAUUCCCCUAUGGAUUGGCAACUUCACCAACCUCCAAAUCUUUACUGCUUACGAAAAUAAGCUUAUCGGCCCAAUACCUCAAAAUCUUGGCUCGAAUUCCAACUUAGUAUUGCUGAAUCUCCAUUCAAAUAAGCUUGUAGGAAACAUUCCUGAGAGCAUAUUUGCAUCUGGGCAGCUUCAAAUUCUUGUUUUGACUAUGAAUAGCUUAGAUGGUGGCCUUCCUGCGUCUGUAGGGAAAUGCAGAGGUUUGUCUAAUAUUCGGAUAGGAAGCAACAAGCUUACUGAAAGCAUUCCUCCCGAAAUCGGCAAUAUUAGCAGCCUCACAUACUUUGAAGCCAACGAGAACUCUAUUUCUGGAACUCUUGUUCCGGACUUUGCACGCUGCACUAAUCUAACUCUUCUUAAUCUAGCCUCAAAUGGGCUCACAGGAAGCAUCCCUUCCGAGUUUGGGGCACUCCUCAGUCUACAAGAAUUAAUUGUUUCUGGUAAUAGUCUGAGUGGCGAUAUACCAAGCACUCUUUCAAAGUGCAAAAACCUCAGUAAACUAGACCUUAGUGGUAACAGGUUUAAUGGAAGCAUACCUGAGGUUCUUUGCGACAUACCACAUUUACAGUAUUUGCUUUUGAAGGAAAACUCUCUGAGAGGAGGAAUUCCAGUAGACAUUGGUAACUGUAAGAGACUUCUUGAACUUCAACUGGGGAGUAACUAUUUGACUGGGAAAAUUCCUUCUGAGAUUGGUGGGAUGAGUGCUCUACAGAUAGCAUUGAAUUUGAGCUUUAAUCAGCUGCAAGGAUCAAUCCCUCCAGCAUUGGGAAAGCUGGACAAACUGGUUUGUUUGGAUGUGUCAGACAACAGAUUAUCUGGAAGCAUCCCUUCUGAUCUGAAGGGCAUGGUGAGCUUAAUUGAAGUUGAUUUCUCCAAUAAUCUGCUUUCAGGGAUAGUGCCUACCUUUAGGCCCUUUCAAAACAGUCCUAGUUCAUGCUUCAAAGGAAAUAAAGAUCUUUGUGGGGAGCCUUUAAAAACCUGUGGGAACAGCUCUCUAGCAGGACACCCAAUAAAGCAUAAAUCAUUUGGAAAGGUUUUAGCAGUGGUUUUAGGAUCUGGGCUGAUGGUAUUUCUGACUGUCACAAUUGUUGUGGUUUUGUACGUUAUUAAAGAGAAGCAGCAAUUUCCUGAUACGCUGGAUCCUCCUCCAUCCAUUGUCACUGGCAGUGUCUUUGAAGAAAGUCUGAAACAAGCCAUUAACUUUGAGACUGCUGUUGAUGCAACAUUGAAGGAAUCAAACAAGCUGAGUAGUGGCACUUUCAGCACUGUCUACAAGGCCGUUAUGCCUUCUGGACUGGUUUUGGAUGCAAGGAAGCUCAAAUCGAUAGACAGAACUGUCAAUCUUCAUCAGAAUAAGAUGAUCCGGGAGCUAGAGAAGCUGACAAAGCUUGAUCAUGACAAUGUGAUGAAGCCUGUUGGGUUUGUCAUUUAUGAUGAUGCGGUUUUGGUGCUACAUUAUCACUUACCCAAUGGAACCCUUGCCCAGUUACUACAUAAGGAAGGCGAUGCUUCUGAGUUUGAACCAGACUGGCCUAGGCGUUUGUCCAUAGUGUUGGGGGUUGCAGAGGGAUUGGCUUAUCUUCACAACUGCCACGCACCACUCAUCCAUCUUGAUAUUGCAUCUGUCAACAUUUUUCUGGAUGCCAACUUCAAUGCAAUCAUUGGCGAGGUAGAGGUUUCAAAGCUCUUGGACCCCUCUAAAGGCACCGCAAGUAUCACAGCUGUUGCCGGGUCCUUCGGUUACAUACCACCAGAGUAUGCAUAUACCAUGCAAGUCACAGCCGCUGGCAAUGUCUAUAGCUUUGGAGUGAUCUUGCUUGAGAUUCUCACCAAUCGGUAUCCAGUGGACGAAGCCUUUGGCGAGGGAAUAGAUUUGGUUAAAUGGGUUCACAAUGCAUCAUCCAGGAAAGAGACUCCUGAACAAAUUCUUGACGCCAGGUUGAGCACAGUAUCCUUUGCUUGGAGACAACAGAUGCUAGCAGUGCUUAAGAUAGCCUUACUGUGCACUGACAACACCCCUGCCAAAAGACCCAAAAUGAAAAGGGUGGUGGAGAUGCUUCAAGAAGUAAAUCAAGGUGCAUGAUCCUCCAGUCUGGGUCAAUUUUGCUUUCUUCCAUUGCCCCAGUAUUUAUUGUUGACAUCUCACUUCUUUCUUGAGGAAUCUCUGGUGCUUUUUACCAACACACAAGGAAAUAAACCUGUGAUCUUAUAUGUGUUUGAUAUGGAAGCCAAAUGAAGUAGUUUGACACAAAGACCAUAGGGAGAGGAGCACUGACUCCCUCCUGUUGCAGUUUGUAAUAGCAUCCAGUACUUUGCUUUAUCUCCAGAAUUGUGCAGUGUCUCUGUAUACUUAUGAUUAUAUUUUCUUAGCUUUUUCUGGGACAUCUCCAACUGUUACAGUAAAGGACUUUAAGCUUCUAUGGUGGGCAGACCAUUGCAAACCCUCUAGAAGUUCCUGCAAUUAUAAACUUUCUGGUGAAUCACCUAUCUAUGUAUAAAGAGGAAAUAGUAGUGAAGAUGACACAUACUCAAAGCAUUGUUUCUGAGCUUGAAGAAAGAAACUGUGCAUUCAUUCACUUAAAGAUGUAUGGAUUCCAUUUUAUACAUGUCAUCUUCAAUCUAACCUCCUACAAGAGAAAAUUUGUAACCUCAGAUCCACAUAGGCAUGAUUCUUGACCUAUCAAACCAUUCUAUAUUACUAAAUCCAAGAUUUCUAUAA